AUGUAGAUGAUGGUGUUUUUGGCUGCUCUUCUACAAGUUGUACUGAUGAGUGAAUGUCAGGAUGGAAAUGAUUGUUCUGAUAUUUAUAACUCAGGAGAAACAGUCAGUGGGAUUUACUCCAUCUAUCCAGCAGGUGAUGUUCCUGUCUCGGUUUAUUGUCAGAUGAUCUCAGAUGGAAAAGAUGAAGACAACGGAGGAUGGACGGUGAUUCAGAGGAGAAUGGACGGCAGUGUGAAUUUCUAUCGGCCAUGGGAUCAGUACAAGAGAGGAUUUGGGAAUGUGGAGGGAGAAUACUGGCUGGGGCUGGAGAACAUGUACCAGCUGACAAAUAGCAGGAAGUACAUGCUGAGAGUGGAUCUGGAGGACUUUGAUGGAAAUAAAGUCUUUGCUCUGUACUCAUCCUUCUCUGUGGGUCCUGAAGCCGAUGGCUAUAAACUACAUGUUUCAGGAUUCAAAAAUGGAGGAGCAGGCGACUCUCUGGCCAACCAUAAUGAUCAGAAGUUCACCACAUUAGACAAGGACCAAGACCUCUAUGACCAAAACUGUGCCAGAUUGUAUCUUGGGGCAUUUUGGUACAAGAAGUGUCACCAUGCAAAUCCCAAUGGUGUGUACUUAUGGGGAGACGAUCCCACCAUUUUUUAA